AUGGCGGCAAUCGUGUUCGAAGAUCUUUCAGGGACAGCGACCCCCGUAUCGGAGAGUGAUAAUCCCUAUCAACCUUUGAUCGAGUCCGCGAAUGAUGAUCCAGUAGAAAUACAAGCCCGCUACACAACCCAUCGCACCACCAGGACUGGGUUGCAAAAAUCCAAGAUCCUAGAUCCAUCCUUUUCUGAAUGGCUGAUUGAUCCCAUUCUCGCAAAGCUAGAUGGUCCAAAUAAGGAUCCGGCGUUCAAGGAUGAGAGGAACUGUAUCGUGUUUUGGGGUCGGCCUCCGCAACAUAUCCGCGAUAUGAUUGGGGAAAUUCAAGAGGGGUUGCGCAGCGUUGCUCCUGAUCUGUGGCUCAUGCCUCUUCAAAACCUGCACAUCACAGUCCUAGAAAUAAUCUUCUCUGUCACUGAGCCGGAAGUCAACAAAAUAGUCUCAACCUUAGUGCAAGACGGUGCAGCAGAGAAAAUCGCAAACAUAACUCUGCAAUACCGACCUCGACUCGUCAAGCCUAUGAUCAGCUAUGAUGCAGCUGCCAUAGCACUAAGUUUUGUGCCCGCUGCUGGAGAAGGAGAAGGUAAAUCUGUGGAUGAUGAUAAAUUCACAUACCAUCAUCUGCGGAGAGAUGUAUAUGACAAGGUUGUUGCCGCGGGAGUCAAACCUGGUUCGAGAUAUGCUGUUCCAUCGGCGCAUCUUACUAUAGGACGAUUUAUAAAUCAGAACGGUUUUGUUUCAGACGGCUCGUUUGAUCGUGAAAAGGUGAAGAAGGUCAUUGAGAAGAUUGAGGAGAUCAACGAGCAGCUGCAGAAGAAGUAUUGGCCGACGGAAGCGGGAGUUCCGGAGGGAGGAGAAUGGACGAUAGGUCAAGAGAAAGGUCUUGAUUUUCGGAAGGGAACGUUGUGGUAUGGUGGUGGAGAGACUGUUGUGCUUGGGAAGGGGCACUGA